CUGCAUCAUGCUUUCACUGUGCUUUAUUACAUUUUGCUCUGCUUUUGCUGCGGCAUACAAUGUAUUCUGCAGCAGCUUGCUCUUUUUGAUUGUUUAAUUAAACCCAGGUGCUCAAUCAAUUAGUUAAGGACCUGAUACCAACAAAGUCCUGGUUUGGAACAGAACGACGGAGCUCCAGAAUGCGAGACACUGCGUGAAAAGAGAAGAGCGACACUGGCAAUUCAGCGCCCCUGAAUUCCAUCUCCGGUGUUUUAUCAUGGUUUGUUUCCAGCUCGCUGGCGUUGUUGUGAAUUAUGUUUUCUGAGGCGCUCGGAUCAGACACUGGCAACCUCAACCACUAGAACUGGGUGCAAGAAGACUCCGGCAACGCAUCUCAUACUGGGUGCAACUGCGGACACUGGAAAUUGCAGCAGCCACUGACGUAUCACCUGCCAGCUGUCAUUUAACCCUUCCCCUCCCGUGAUGGAAGACAGUGGCAGCGGCAGUGGCUGGGGGCCGGGCUGGACCGUGUCCACUCCUCACCCCAACGGGAGCUACUCUGCCAACCCGGCGGGGGUCUCCGAGCUGCGCAACGCCUCCAGCUCCAACUCCAGCUCCCAGUUCGCGGGGGUGGAGCUGCUGCAGUCCUUCAAGCCGCUCAUCAUCCCUUGCUACGCGCUGGUGGUGCUGGUCGGGGUCUUCGGGAAUUACCUCCUGCUCUACAUCAUCUGCCGCACUCGGAAGAUGCACAACGUCACCAACUUCUUCAUCGGGAACCUGGCGUUCUCCGACAUGCUCAUGUGCGCCACCUGCGUGCCCUUCACCCUCGCCUACGCCUUCAACCCCCGCGGCUGGGUCUUCGGCCGCUUCAUGUGCUACCUGGUGUUCCUCAUUCAGCCUGUCACGGUCUACGUGUCUGUGUUCACGCUGACCGCCAUCGCCGUGGACCGGUACCACGCCACGGUGCACCCUCUGAAGAAACGGCUCUCAGUGCCCGCUUGUGCCUACGUGCUGGUGGGCAUCUGGCUGCUGUCCUGCGCCUUGGUUGCGCCGGCAGUCGCGCACACCUACCACGUGGAGUUCCAGGAGGAGGGCUUCACCAUCUGCGAGGAGUUCUGGAUGGGGCAGGAGCAGGAGCACCUGGCCUACGCCUACAGCACGCUGGUCAUGACCUACAUCCUUCCCCUGUCUGCCCUGUCGCUCUCCUACCUGUGCAUCUCCGUCAAGCUGCGCAGCCGUGUGACCCCGGGCCAGCCCUCCCGCAACCGGGCUUCCGAGUCCCAGCGGGAGCGCAAGAUCCGGAAGAUCUUCCGGCUGGUGGUGCUGGUGGUGUCCGCCUUCGGGAUCUGCUGGCUUCCCAUCCAUGUGUUCAACGUGCUCCGGGACAUUGACAUCAACCUCAUCGAUAAGCGCUAUUUCCUGCUCAUCCAGUUGCUGUGCCAUUGGUGCGCCAUGAGCUCCGCCUGCUGCAACCCCUUCUUGUACGCCUGGCUGCACGACCGCUUCCGUGCGGAGCUGCGCAAGAUGUUCGCCUGGCGGAGACGCUGCAGCUGCCACGGGGGGGUCGUUCUCCCUCACAGCAACUCCGUGGCCGUCAGCGUCAUGCUGUGAGGAGGAAGAGGGUCCGGUGAAGCUAGAGAGGGCUGGGAGAGAGGGAGAGAGGGAGAGAGAGAGUCUGGGUGGAGAUCUUCAGAGCCAGUCAGGUUUGUCUUCUCCAGUAAUGGCUAUGAGGACCAGGGGAGAGAGGGUGCAGAUGUGGAGAGUCUGCGGCUGGGUAGGAAUUAAGAUCUGCCUUGCGAAGAGGUCCCAUUGAAAUCGGGGACUAAGAUAGCGUUGGGCAAUUGAGGCCUCCCCAAUAACAAGCUCUUGGCAAUCAGUGUCGUGCUGUGAUGAUGGAGGGGAAGGCCAUGUUGAUGCCAGGUUGUCCUCCACAAGUACCGCUGCGUGUGAGGAUGAGGGGAGAGAGAAGUUCAGAGAGGGAGAGCUCAGAGUGUGGAGCUUCAGACCUACUCAGGGUCAUCCUCAGCCAGGAACUAGAAUGGAGGCCAGGGAGGGGAGUAGCGAGAGAGAGAGCUCAUGAGAUCCAGGAGCUGUGAUGAUGAGUGGAGAGGUCUUGCAUGAGAGAGGCAAGGACUGUUGGAUCUGUAUAGAGAAGGAGACUAAUCUGGGUCAUCCAAAACACUGUCAGUGUCACGGGACGAGGAGGAGAGGGAGAAGUAUACAUUAUAUGAGGCGCAGGAGAUAUGUUGAGAUGGAGGAUAGUCAGUGUCAGCAAUGUAGAAAAGCCUUUCGCUUUAGAGCUAUUGCAGGUCUUAUGAAUUGUGUGGCUGGAUGUCUGUGUUGUGACAAGGGGAGACUUUUUGAAGUCGCAUCCCCUUUAGAAGCUAUUGGCAGCAACUACGCUUCAAGACUGUCAUUGCCAUUCUGAGUGCGAGAUCCUUGAAACGUUUAAACCACCACAGAAUCUACAGAAACAGAUGGGUUUUUUUUUUUUUUUUUUUUAAUUGAAAUGGAAUGGCUUAUGUUCGGCGGCAGCCGUCUCUGAUCAAGUUGACAGCGUACUUUCUCUGGUAUUCAUUGUAUGACAGACUGACAGUUUCAUGUUGUGAUGUGAACUGAUUCUGAAACUCAUCUGAGGUUCACUGAAAGCUCGAUUAGCGAGCCUUUGCGAAAAUAAUGUCAGUUAACAAUUCUGUGUUGGAGUCAUAAUCCGGGUUCCAUGUGAUUUUAAAACUUUUAAAAGGUAAAACUAGGAUUCAAGUCAAGUAGACAAACAGGGAUGGAAAUAAGACUCCCGUUGCAGAGCAGUUUGAUCCAUUCCUGGUUUCACUGCGAGUUUAAUCAGACACACCUGAGCUUGUUACCUAGACACACUGUGGGCUAAUCAAGCUGGUACUGAAACCUGGAAUGGGUGACACUGCUGUGCAACAGGAGUCUUAUUUCUAUCCCUGGCAGAUGUUUUGGCCAGGGCUGUUUUCAGACUGCUUUACUAACUGAAAUGUUUGUCUGCUUGACUUUGGGAAUUCUGGUUUUAGAUAUAGGCCAAGAGCAAGGCAACACUUCUACUCUGAAAAUGAACAGCUAUAUGUAUUGUAUAGGAAUGUAUUUUUGUUUAAUUUCUAAAAUAAACCUGCUGCUUUAAAACCUGUCUCUCAAUCCCAUCUCGUUCCCAGUAUCAACCUGGGGCUGCAGCCGGUUCUACCUGCAGCCAGACAUUACACAAAAGACAAAUCAUUAGGCAACUAAAUCAGCAUGGGGAAGGGAGCGUGUUUUGCCAGCCUGCAACCCUAACUGGGGCUGCCAGACAGAGUCCCCAUUGAAAUGGGUUUGAUCUCAGAUCUGCUGCUGAUGGAAACGCACCAGUCUGAUUUCAAACGGCUCUCAAGUCCGACGGAAGAUGCAAACGUGACAUCAGAUUCUUUGUUUGCCGUUGCCCUCGGAUACAGGCGGCCGGGCUCAACCGGGCCCAUGACUUCAUUAAAAAAAUGGUUACCAAUUUGGAUAAAAGCUGAAGUGGCAGAAGGGCUUAGACACUCGUAAUGUAUUUUUGCACUCUGAUUCACUAGCAAUGCAUGUCAUUUGGCAUAAUGCAGAAUCCAUUAUAAGCCAGAGGUUACGGAUUGCAAUAAAUGACUUCUCUUGAUAAGAGUCCAUAAUUGCAGUGAAUGACGUCUCCUCUCCGCGCAGAAGCCCCAGCGCCACUUGAUUGAGAAGUGGGCUGUGUAAUUAUCAAAAAAUAAAGGUAUCUGAACUCGCUGUAAUUACCAGUGCCUUUCAGCUCUUCAAAACUCCAGAGAGCGCGCCGCAAUCAUCCUCAAUAACGCCAACUCCCGAGGCACUCGGGCUUUAUAGUGCCGAACUAAAAAUAGUUAAAACACAGACCGACCUAUUUCUGAGACCCUGUCCCGGAUCUUUCAGCCGUCCCUUGAUACUGUCCCAUUGGUGUUGCGUCUAAGGACAUCCUCCCCUGUCUGGGAUGAAGUCCAAUACCUUGGGACUUUUCAACCAUGUGUGAUUCUGUGUGCUUGGAAGCUGCCCUGCCUUCGCAUGUUCACUGGAUCAAGGAUCUUAUGCAGUAAAACCAGCGCAGGUUUUAUGACAGUUUUAGUGUUUGCAGGAUCUUUGGUUUGUAGUAUAUUUUGUCAUUCAUUUUGCUUUGUUGUGUGAAGAGAGUAAAGACGCUCAUGGUGACAAAGUCAUUUGAGAGAGUUUGUAAAAAAAAAUAAAAAAAAAUAAAACACAACUAUUGACCAUUAACAGCGUUGGAUUUUUGUUUGGUCAUGUGAUGAGGUUUUAACCAAUCACAUGCCAGAAUUCCUAAGAAUUUCUAUAAAUGUGUGGAUGAAGGCUAUAUUUGCAUCCUAUAUUUGCAGUAGUGACGUCAAAAUGGCAUAUUUGUCUAGAAGAUUAUACUUGACCCCAUAUUUGUCUCCUGUGCACCCCGAGACCACUUUCAAACACAAAAUGUCUCGUU